AUGUUCACCAUAACAAACCGAAUGAAUAUCAUUACUAUUGUGAAAGCCUUUUAUCACCGUCAGCUUAAUCCGGUAGCUGCACUGUUGCUGACGCAUACUACGCAGAUGUUAGGCUACGGUUGGGCUGGAAUCUUCCGGAAGUAUCUAGUCGACUCGCCGUACAUGUGGUGGCCCGCGAACCUAGUCCAAGUCUCCCUCUUCCGGGCUCUGCAUGAGGUCGAAAUCCGACCAAAGGGAGGACUCACAAGACUCCAAUUUUUCAUAAUGGUCCUUGUCUCAAGCUUCUCUUAUUACAUAAUCCCGAACUACCUCUUUCCCUCUAUCACGGCCCUCUCCUUCGUCUGCUGGGUGUGGAAAGACUCUGUCACGGCCCAGCAAAUAGGUUCCGGGCUCCACGGGCUCGGGCUGGGCUCGUUCGCGCUUGACUGGUCAACUGUUGCGGGCUUUCUUGGCAGCCCGCUCGCGACCCCUGGGUUCGCCAUCGUCAACAUGCUGGUCGGGUUCGUGUUGGUCGUUUAUGUUGCGCUCCCUGUUGCAUAUUGGACUGACUUGUACGGCGCGAGAAAAUUUCCCAUUAUAUCCUCGCAUGUUUUUGAUGCUAAUGGAAAAGCAUAUAACAUUUCGGAGAUUUUAAUCGAGAGCACCUUCGAGUUUAACCGUGCUGGGUAUGAUGGCUAUAGCAAGGUUAACCUGAGCGUGUUUUUCGUGCUGGCCUAUGGCUUGAGCUUCGCGGGCCUCGCUGCUACCGUGUCGCACGUGGCGCUCUUCCAUGGGAGGACAAUUUGGCAGCAGACAAAAGCGUCCUUUCAGGACAAGUUUGGGGACGUGCACACGAGGUUGAUGAGGAAAAACUACGAGCCCGUGCCUCAAUGGUGGUUUUACGCUCUCCUGAUUUUGGUGAUUGGGCUUUCCUUGUUUGCGUGCGAAGGGUUCGGGAGACAGUUGCAGCUUCCGUAUUGGGGUGUAAUUUUAGCGAUGGUUUUGGCAUUCGUCUUCACUCUGCCGGUCGGCGUUAUUACAGCCACCACCAACCAGCAAGCAGGAUUAAAUGUUAUCUCAGAGAUGAUUAUCGGCUACAUGUACCCUGGAAAGCCUCUAGCCAACGUGGCCUUCAAAACCUACGGCACAAUAAGCAUGUCACAAGCCAUUACAUUUCUUUCAGAUUUCAAGUUGGGUCAUUACAUGAAGAUCCCCCCAAAAUCCAUGUUCCUUGUUCAGCUUGUGGGCACGGUCAUCACAUCACUGGUCUGUUUCAGCACGGCUUGGUGGCUACUAACGACCAUAGAGAACAUAUGCGACCCGUCAAAAUUGCCUGAAGGGAGCCCGUGGACUUGCCCGGGAGACGAUGUCUUCUACAACGCUUCCAUAAUAUGGGGCGUCGUGGGCCCGCUUCGCAUGAGGUUCAGGGGGUGGUGGGCCCGGCACAAUUAUAUCCUGUCCGGGGGUUUGGAUGCCGGGGUUGCAUUCAUGGCCACCUUGUGUUAUUUCACGCUGCAGUUUAAUGGGAUUGGUGGGCCGAGGUGGUGGGGACUGGCGGUGGACGAUCACUGCCCGCUGGCAAAGUGCCCCACGGCAGCCGGUGUAAGGGUUGAAGGCUGCCCUGUUUUUCAUUGA